GGUCGCUGCAGCAAAGUGUCUCUGAGCAGACUGAGCUCAUCAAAAGUCUGCUGGCUGAGCAGCAUCACAUGAGCAAUAAGACACUGAGAGGUCCUUCCAGCAGGAGAUGUAAGAGCUUAAAUAUCAGCUCCACCUACAGAGCUCUCCAGAUGCUGAGGACGACAGCAUUCAGCCUGAGAUUAUCCAGCUGGAAGAACAUGUGGAUUAUCUAAACCAGGAGUUGGAGCAGAUGCAGGCCUGGGCUGAGGAGCAGAAUGAUCUGCUCCAGAAACAGAAAGCAAAGAAAGAGCAGAACUACAGCACUGAGAAGCAGCCUGACAAACAAACGAUGUCUGGAUGCAACCAGAAAACCCAAAAGAACAUGGCUCAAGAAAAUAACAACAAAAUAAAAUGAAGAAGAGAAAAUAACAAAGAGCCAUCAAUACAACAGGGUUUGUCUUCAGCAGCAUCCUGACAAAGAAGAUCGUCUCUGGAAAAAAGAACAUCUGGAUGCAAGCAAAAAAUCCAACAGAACAUGGCUUCAGAAAAAAAAGAAAAGAACAAAGAAAAAAACAUUAGACUACCUCUCCAGCUCCGUACAUAUGAAAUACAUAACUGGAUGAAGAGAUAGUCUCUUCCCUCAGAGAACCAAUGUUACAAUAACCGUACCUUGUUUUUGAUUAAAGACAAGAAGUAAAACAGCGGCCGUAAAAUGAAACUGUUCCUUCUCUGUCUCUUCUGCUAAAGGACAGUACUGUUACUCAGAAAAAUCAGCGCAAGGUCAUGUUGUUUGUGGGUACAUCUAUUUUAAAUGGCCACAUUCUACGUUGCCAUGAUUUCUGAUCAUCAAAAACUAACAAACAAAUGCUGCAUUUCUGACAAUGCCAUAUGGGGGAAUGAGCAGCCUUGGCGGAGUAUUGCACUCUCUGACUGCUCUUCUUGUUUAGGUAUUUAUUUUUACAGUGUGGUCUAUUUUCUCCAGAUAUAAUUUGAUAUAUGUAAAGUGAAUGUUACACUGUAAGUAGGUCAUUGACACAUUUUGGUCCUUUAAUCAUGAUUAAACAGCUUCGAACACAAACACACACAGGAACACACACAACACCCUCCUAAAAGCGGCUAGUGGGGUCAGAGGUCACGGUCCAAGCGGUCACACGGUGCCACCAACAUGUGAAACAACCACCAACAAAUGGUGUGUUACACGUGCCUGAGCAGACACAUAAACACCUGAAGUAAACAGACAGUAAACAGACCAGUGUUUACAAGUAUUUCCAAAUCAAAAUUGCUGUCUUUUUUUUUUUUUUUAAUAUAUAUUUCCAGCUAUUUUGUCUGUAAAUUUUAACUCUUUGUGGCAGAUGUCAGUUUUAAAUAUACCUAUUCUCAUGGAAAAGUUAUUAAUGACAUCAGCACACAGCUCCUCUCUUCCCACUUGGGUGUCAAACUCUGCUGUCUCCUAACUGCAGGGGAGAAUGUGAGGUCACUGACUGAUAGCAUUAACAUGUUAUGCAAUGUAUUUAUUUAUUCUUUUACCACAAGCUUGCUUGAAUCCAGAAAUCUCCUGCAUAUUGUACAUGUAAUGGUCUGGGAUCCCCUUUUUCUCUUGCAGUACCAGGUUGUUAAAAUAACUUGAUUGAAUGGGUCUUAAUGGAUCCAUGAGCCUCACUUUAAAUGACAUCACUGUGCCGUUUGUUGCUGUAUAUUGCUUUGUUUACCUGAUUGUAGGUGACAAGCGGCAGCAUCAACACCAGCACCAGCAAGUUACAGCAUCGAUGCCCUGCUGUGCUGUGAAACACUGCACGCUCCAUAACCUCACACCCAGGUGUCUUCCUCCUCUGCUCCAAGACAAACUUGGCAGAGUGUGAUCAAAAUAAGACGUUUCACUGAGGCAAACAACAGGGAGCAGAGAGCAUCCUGCUUCUCCUCCUCUUUCACCCUCCUGGACAUGCACCUCCGUUAUAUCACUUUGUAGGGACAUCCUCACUCUGCGUGUGCCGGUCAACACGUCAAGACAUCUUAUGCUGGGACAGAUAGGCUGAAGGCAUGUCCAGUCAGGUCAAAGGAUGGUUUCAGUCACACAGAAGAGCAGAAACUGUUUGCUGUUGCUUCUCUCACUCUACCAAUCAAUGUGUCCUCCUUUCUCCUCCUUUUUCUUCACUCUCCUAGCUGUUUCUCUCUGGCCUGCUCUUGCAUUAGCUGCCCUGAGAACACCGAAGGCAAUAGCUCCCUCUAUGGGCCACAGUAACAAAUCAACCUCAGUCCCUACGGACAACGUUUCCACUGCUUCUCCUGCAAUAUUUAACUCACCCACUGCUACACAGUCCUCCUACUUUUAUUUUCCUUCCACUUCUCCAUCCUCUUUGUCCGAACUCAGAGUUACAACUCCGUCAAAUUCGGUAUCUUCUACCUCUAUAAUGUCAGUGCCGUUAUUUGACCAAACAUCCCCCGAAAAUGUCCUCAUAACAUCACCAACAGCUUCAACAAAAGUCCGUCACUUUGGCAAAAAAUCCUCUUUAAGUCAAGAUUCAAGCCACUGCUCUGUUCUUCAACCCUUCAACCAGAUUUCACGGCUGCUACCUCACACCUGCAAACAUUCAACCCAUAAAUCUAGAGCAUCUUCUUUGCACAAAACUCUUCAGUCUCUUCUGUCUGAAAUAUCUCUCCAUCCUCUUCAAACUGCUAAACCUCCAUCCUCACCUACUUCCCUCUUUCCUCUUUCCGACUCAACUUUACCUCCAGCUUCAUCUCAAAAUGCUUCCCACAAGCUUCCCUCUCCUCUCUCAACAUCAUCGUCUCCAACCUUUAUAACAUCGCCACCUCCACCGCCCAAACCUUCACCCGUUCCUCUGCCUAAACGCUCGCCAUCUCCUCCAGAAGCAACACCGUCCCACCAGCCUGGACCACUCCUGCCUCCCUCUCUCCAACACGCAACAGAUCCGUUGUUUGAGCACCAGCCUUUUACUGUAACCUGGAACAUCCCUGAUCUUGUGUGCAACAGGUAUAAUAUCUCACUGGACACCUCGCCUUUUAAAGGAGUGGCCACACCUGCUAAGGUUCCAGGCCAGUUUUUGUCUCUGUUCUAUACAGACCGACUGGGUCUUUACCCUCACGUAGACCUCACAAGUAGAAAAAAGUUCCAUGGCGGCAUCCCUCAGAGAAGUAACCUGAGAGCCAGCAUGAACAAGGCCAGAGCCGAUAUUAACUACUACAUCCCAUCCAAGACCACCAGGGGCCUGGCCGUGAUCGACUGGGAGGAAUGGCGCCCCCUGUGGGACAGAAACUGGGGCACGAAGAGAAUCUACCAGAGUUUGUCGGUGGCUCAUGUUCUGCAGACAAACCGCUCUCUCACAGUACAAGAGGCCACAGAAAAAGCCAAGCAGCAAUUCCAGGAGGCGGCAAAGAGCUUCAUGUCAGGGAUGUUGGCAAUGGGCAGAGCAAUGAGACCCAACUACCUGUGGGGCUUCUACCUGUUUCCCAACUGCUAUAAUUACGGCUGGCAUGAACCCGACUACACCGGCCAGUGUUCCAAGGAGGUGAGGAGGCAGAACGAUGAGCUGCUCUGGCUGUGGGAGUCCAGCACUGCCCUUUACCCCUCUGUGUACCUGCAGGAAUCUUUAGCAGACGACCCCAAAGCUGCCCUGAUGGUGAGGAACCGAGUCCAGGAAGCUUUGAGGGUGUCGGCCCUGCCCGGUCGGAGUGCCACUGCACCUGUGUUCGUUUACAUGCGACCUGUCUUUGUUGACCAGAACAGACGUUUCCUCAGUCAGGUGGAUCUGGUCAGCACCAUCGGGGAGGGUGCAGCAGUUGGAGCGUCUGGCGCUGUAUUGUGGGGGGCCAGUGCCGACUAUGACGACCAGACUUCCUGUAAAGCCCUCUCAUCCUACCUCACCUCCACCCUCAACCCUUACAUCACCAACGUCACGGCGGCCGCCCAGCUCUGCAGCAACUUCCUGUGUCGCGGGAAUGGUCGCUGCGUCCGAAAAAGCUACAAGUCCAAUCACUACCUCCACCUGAACGCUGAGAACUUCAGGGUCGUGCGUAUUCAGAGCCGCUACCUCGUUGUAGGGCGGCCCACCUUCGCCAACCUGAAGGCUUUGAGCAGGAGGUUUACCUGCCGGUGCUACAAAGGACUGAGCUGCAGUCCCAGGACACACAGGGAACUCGCCAAGGCCCUGAUGUUUAGUCUGAAGCAAGGACUGUACAAAAAGUCACGUGCUUUGAUUAAAACCGCGUUAGAUGACACACAGCAGACCAGUAUUACUAAAGAUAAUGUGAAAAAGAACUUUAAUGUUUAGCUAAUAGUUGAAAAGGUGGUUUCAAGCUACAUCCCAGCUCAGUCUAGUACCCAUCUUGGUCCUAAAGGCAGAUUUCUGUCUUGAUGCAACAAUAAAUGCCCAUUAAUGAUAAUUCUUUUUAUGUGAAAGUCUUUACUGAUUAUCUUUUGUCAGCCUUUCUAUUAUGGUACUGCCUCCCAUCACACAAACAUGUUGCUAUUUAGGUGUGUUAAGCAAAAACUGCUCUCCCAGCUGUACCUCAAGUGCUAAUAAUAAACCAAUGACCACUGACAGAAUCUACUAAAGACAAACACUACGCCAUGUCAGAGUCGUAUCACCUGUCUGUGACAAUAUUCACCGUCUCGAUUUGUAUGUAAUUUGACUGCUUAUGUAAAUAAAUGA